UAGUCUGGGAUUUAGGGUUGUAGGAAAACUAGAAGCAACGGGACAAACUAACACAGCGGUUGACUCCCGAUUGGUGGCCAAUGUUCAUUCUGGUCCUUCCCGAGCAGGGUUUGUUUGUUCGGUUUUCCCCGAGCAGGAUUAGUUCGGCUCUACCCGAACAGGGUUCGGCUCUUCCUGCUGAGCAGGGAUCGUUAGUCGAUGGCUGGUCUGGUAGUCAAUUGCUGGUUUGGUGUUCAGUGGUAGGUCGCCUUCUGUCCCUCACUCUGCACCGGCCUGGCUGUGUAUUAGAGUUGGGUGUAGCGGCGUCAAGCGUGUCCCCCCGUGUCUGUAGUUGUGGGGGACAGAAAACAUACAAUUAGAGCAUGUAUUGGCCAACAAUUGGGGUCACACACGCGUUCGAAACAAGCACUUUCCUUUAGUAGUGUUAUAAAGAGCUUUGUGAUUUGUGUCUUUCCCACAGCAGGCGACCAGCGGAAACGAGAAGCAAGUCGGUAGAGAUGUCCCUGGUUCAGUUCCUUUUUAACUCUAGUUCUGGGGCGUGUUUAGCAAUUUGUUUAGGGAGGGAGAAGGUGAUAGAGAAUCAUCUCAAUGUCAGGUUAGUCUGUGUUCAUUUUUGGAAUCACAGCACACCAUACAAGCAAGCAAAAUAGUCCAUGCGAAUCAAUUUGAUUCACACGUGAGAAUUUAAGGAAUUAAGUGAAAGGCAAUCAUUGUAAAUACACAGCACACAAGAUUAAAUGGCACUCAUAAAUAGGAAUGAUAUCAAAUAAGACAUGCUGAUACGUAAUAUAAAGAGAAUGGCAGGCUCUAGUUUAGUAAGUGUCACUUGUGACAUAUACAUUACAUUCAAAAAGAGUGAUGCAAAAAGGAGUCUCUGUCCUUUCCUAACAGAUCCAAAACCAGACAUUACAAUCAAAUUUGAUGAGGACUUCAACAUCAUCUGUUUGAUUCCUGGAUCCGUCAGUCCUGACACCACCUGUAACCUGUAUGUUGGAGAGGAGAGUCAGCCAUCCUUCACAGCACCGAUCAAGAAGAGAAAAGCCACCUCAGCAUCCGGACAGCAGUUCUGUCAAUUCACUCCAAAACAUAGUGAUCUGAUCAGUCGUCUACAGUCAGUGAGGCGUAAGGAGGUGAGCUGUGACUACAGAGUGAGCUCAGGACCAAACUCUCUCUCUCCACGCAGUGAUGGGCACAGCUUUGCAGAUCUGGUGGGAGUUCACAUCAGCGAUCCAACAACUAUACAGACACCUUCUAUAGCAGUGAGUUUGACUCCAGGUUCUCGAUCUACUUUGCCGUACAGCACGACAGCGAGUCCUACAGAAGACACCACAGUGACACCAACUACCAGGUUGACUGUUUGCUGUACUUUGACCACUGACACCCCAGCGAGUCCAACUGAAAGAGGUCAAAGCUCCACAGAAAGUGAAGUGGAAUCAAACAGUCAAGAAAGCAUUAUGUUGGGGCAAUUAUGGCAGGCAGCAGUGGGUGUGGCUUCUGGAGUGGGCCUACUCCUGGUAGGAUUGACAGCUGUCUGUCUCUGCAGGAGGACCAAGAAAACCAAUUCUCAGAGACCUACAGCCAGACAGGAUGAUCACAGACAAUAUGAUUUGGUGUCUAUGGGAGCGGUGAGCAGCGGAGUCAUGGUGGAUUCAGGAGAUGCUGGAAUCAAUUCUCAGAUCACUUCUGUACUGUCCAUGUUCAUGCCCUCAGGUCCCGUUGAUACACAGGCAUUUACAAAUGAACAUUCUGAUACGUACCACGUAUACAGCUCAAUCCCCGACAGACCAGCAUCCUCAGCCCAGCCGGAUGGAUUGUACAGUCUGCAGACACACUGAAACUACACCUCUGGCUUUCUGUAUCUCUGUCUCACACAUCUCACACAAAUACAUUCUUUCUCACACGACAUCCUUUAUUAUCACUCAUCCAGUUACUGUAAAUAAGUUGGUUAACAGGUAAUAUUUCUACUGUAUUACACAUGGACAACUGAUUUCUGUUACAUGUCUAUCCAUAAUAUCUCUUACUGUGUUAAUAUUUAUAUUUUGGAGGGGUACGGGGCAUACCCCCCUUUGAGCAUUUUUCUUAUUUCUUCUCCCUAGUAAAUGCUAAAUCUACUGUAUUUAAGUAUAUAAUGUUGACUGUUUGAUACCUUCUUCCAUAACAGUUGGAUACAAUUAAUUUCCUAUUGUGCAAAACAUAAUCCACAACCAAAACAAACUGCAAAUGCAUACAAACUCAAGUUUGUUGAGUCACAAGCUUGAUGCAUUUAUUGGGUGCAAAGAAUUUAGGACCAAAAUACAUAAUGCUUGACUACUUUAAUACACUAUAAAUGAAUUUGUCCAAAUACUUUCUUGAAUUUGGGGGACUAUUUACAUAAAGUGCUUUUAUAUCUAAAUGGUAAAACAUACAAUAUCUUAAGAAAGUAUUCACACCGCUUGACUUUUUCCAAAUUUUGUUAUGUUACAGCCGGAAUUUAAAAUGCAUGAAAUGUAGAUUUUUUUUAUGUCCCUGGCCUACACACAAUACCACAUAAUGUCAAAGUGGAAUUAUGUAAAAAAAUAAAAUAAUAAGUAUUCAAUUACUUUAUGGAAAUCCAAAAUAAAUUGAAUAAUACAUUGCAUGGACUCACUCUGUGUGCAAUAAUAGUGUUUAACAUUAUUUUUAUUGACUACCUCAUCUCUGUGCCCCACACAUACAAUUAUCUGUAAAGUCGGUCAGUCGCGUAGUGAAUACAAGAGAUUUAACAACCAAAAAACAGGGUGGUUGUCUAAUGCCUCACAAAGAAGGAAACUAUUGGUAAAAAAAAGCAGACAUUGAAUAUCCCUUUGAGCAAUUACACAUUGGAUGGUGUAUCAAUAUACCCACUGCCAUCAUCAUUCCUAACAUACUGCCAUCAUUCCUAACUUAGUUGCCGGAGAGGAAAAAACCCACUCAGAGAUUUCACCAUGAGGCCAAUGGUGACUUUAAAACAGUUACAGAGUUUAAUGGCUGUGAUAGGAGAAAAGUGAGGAUGGAUCAACAACAUUGUAGUUAAUCUACCAAACUAACCUAAAUGACGGAGUGAAAAGAAGGAAGCUUGUACCUGUUUGCAGCAAAGGAACUAAAGUAAAACUGCAAAAACUGUGGCAAAGCAAUUCACUUUUUGUCCUGAAUACAAAAUGUUAUGUUUGGGGCAAAUAGGAUACAACACAUUACUGAGUACCAUUCUCCAUAUUUUCAUGCACAGUGGUGGCUGCAUCUUGUUAUGUGUAUACUUGUAAUCAUUAAGGGACUGGGGAGAUUUUCAGGAUAGAAAAUACAUGUAAUGGAGCUAAACACAGGCAAAGUACUAGAGGAAAACCUGGUCGAGUCUGCUUUCCACCAGACACUAGGAGAUGAAUUCACCUUUCAGCAGGAUAAUAACCUAAAACACAAGGCUAAAUAUACACUGGAGUUGCUUACCAAGAAUACAGUGAAUGUUCCUGAGUGGCAGAGUUACAGUUUUGACUUGAAUCUACUUGAAAAUCUAUGGCAAGACCUGAAAAUGGUUGUCUAGCAAUGAUCAACAACCAAUUGGACAGAGCUUGAAGAAAUUUGAAAAGAAUAAUGGGCAUAUGUUGCACAAUUCAGGUGUUGAAAGUUCUUAGAGACUUAGAGACGCAGAAAGACUCACAGCUGUAAUCGCUGCCAAAGGUGCUAAUACAAAGUAUUGACUCAGUGAUGUAAAGACUUAUCUAAAUGAAAUAUUUCUGUAUUUCAUUUUCAAAAAUGUAGCAAAAAAUGACAAAAAACAUGUUUUCACUUUGUCAUAAUGGGGUAUUGUGUGUAGAUUGGUGAGAUUGUUUAUUUAUUUAGUACAUUUUGAAUUCAGGCUGUAACACAACAUAAUGUGUGAUAAGUCAAGGGGUUUGAGUACUUUAUGAAAAUACCCUCAAAUAAAGGGGAAAUUCUGUACUGUCGCCUUAUAUAAAACAUUGUAUCUUAAAUCUAAAAUACUGGAAUAUAGAGCUAUAUAUACUUUUUGGGCUUCACUGUCCAAAUGCAUAUGGAGGGGAGUGUAUGGGGCGGCAGGGUAGCCUAGUGGUUAGAGCGUUGGACUAGUAACCAGAAGGUUGUGAGUUCAAACCCCUGUGCUGAUAAGGUACAAAUCUGUCAUUCUGCCCCUGAACAGGCAGUUAACCCACUGUUCCCAGGCUGUCAUUGAAAAUAAGAAUGUGUUCUUAACGGACUUGCCUGGUUAAAUAAAGGUAAAAUAAAAUAAAUAAAUAUGAUUCUGAUUGUUCAGAUACCCUUACUUCUGCAACAUCACCUCACACUUGCUGUAUGAGACUGUUGUUUAGGUUGCUGCUCUCUGUGGUUUUGCUGUUCACAAGCUCCUCAUUUCUACGUCUACGUCUCUAUUCAAACAAUCCUCUGACUCAGUCACACACCUUACUGUGAAGUCAGACUAAUCGUAUGUAGCUGUCUGACAAAUGUCAUUGUUCAUCCCUGAUAUGGCUGGUCAUCUGUUCUUGGUCAUCCUCCUUUUUGGUGAGUUAUUUCUCCGUUCCAUCACCUGUUUGUGCUACAGGAUAUUCCAUUAUUCUUUCCCCUCUUUUGGUCUUUUACUUCAGGAACUCUUAAUAUUUCAACUUGUUAUGGUUAUAAUAAGUGUGUCUUUUUCCAUUGAUCAUCCUAUUGAUUUCUAUUUCUCUGUCAUUAUUUUACAUUUUGUACAGAUAAGAAUGACCACUGCUUGUUAACAUGGCUGUGAAUGCAUUACAGACAGUUCUGCUUCGCCAGCUUGUGUAAAGUGUUCCCAUCUCAUGUUUUCUUAUUUUUCAUUAUGGCAAAAGGAGGAUGAUAAUGACCCAUUUUGUUAUGUCUAGAUAUCUUCCAGUACCUCUAAGCCAAAGGUCAGUAUCAUUAUUGUGAAUUUUAAGCUGCAAUAUAUAACUUUUUGGGCUACCAGACAAAACAACGGAUUACCAAAAUAUUCAAAUAAUGAUUGACAUAUUUUCAAUAAAAACGUUAUUUUGAUGAAUUCAUCCAUACGAUUUCAUCCUUCCAUGAGAUGCUGUAU